AUGUCCUCAACUGGUGGAGGAGAAACGCUAGACCUGGAACCCAGUUUGUUACUGGACUUGUGGAAGAGGAAACACAAAGAUUUCCAAAUGAAUAACCGAAAGGAAGAUAUGGAGAUUGCUUCCCACUACCGUCACCUGCUGCGUGAGCUUAACGAGCAGAGGCAGCACGGCAUCCUCUGCGACGUCUGCAUCAUCGUGGAGGGGAAGAUCUUCAAGGCUCACAAAAACGUUCUGCUUGGGAGUAGUCGCUACUUCAAAACACUGUACUGCCAGGUACAGAAAACCUCUGACCAGGCCACAGUCACCCAUUUAGACAUCGUCACCGCACAAGGCUUCAAAGCAAUCAUUGACUUCAUGUAUUCUGCCCACCUAGCGCUGACCAGCCGGAACGUCAUCGAGGUGAUGUCAGCUGCUAGCUAUCUGCAAAUGACAGAUAUUGUACAAGCCUGUCACAAUUUCAUAAAAGCAGCUCUGGACAUAAGCAUAAAGUCUGAUGCCUCGGAUGACCUUGUUGAUUAUGAAUUUGGAGCCCCUUCCAGCAGCAGUACGGACGCUUUGAUUUCAGCGGUCGUGGCUGGCAGGAGUAUAUCUCCCUGGUUAGCUCGGCGAACUAGUCCAGCAAACUCUUCUGGAGAUUCAGCUAUUGCCAGCUGCCACGAAGGAGGGAGUAGUUAUGGAAAAGAGGAUCAAGAACCAAAAACAGACAACCACGAAGACAUUUCAUCCCAGUCUCUUUGGUCUAGUGACAUGGGCUAUGGGUCGUUACGGAUCAAAGAGGAACAGGUUUCACCAUCGCAUUACGGAGGGAGUGAACUGCAUUCUGCCAAGGAUAGUGCAAUACAGAACACGUUCUCAGAACAAGGAGUGGGGGAUGGCUGGCAACCCACUGGGCGCAGGAAGAACCGGAAGAAUAAAGAAACUGUGCGCCAUAUUACGCAGCAAGUGGAGGAUGACAGCAGGGCCAGUUCUCCAAUGCCCUCUUUCUUACCUGCUUCAGGAUGGCCGUACAGCAGUCGAGACCCAAGUGUGGACGCGACAGCGACGGAGCCCAGCAGCUCUGACAGCAGAGUGGAGCGAUCGGACGUGGAGGAAGCUCUCAUGGGUGGGGAGGCCAGUUACAUCUCACAACCCCUGACUCCGGAGAAGGAGGAUGCGCUCCAGGCUGCCACCGUCGCCAACCUGCGCGCGGCUCUCAUGAGUAAGAACAGUUUGCUGUCUCUGAAAGCCGACAUGCUGGGAGAGGAUAGUUCUCUGCUGUUUGAGUACUUACCCAAAGGCACCCAUUCUCUCUCUCGGCCUGGCACCAACUUGAAUCGUUCAAGGGGCGAAUGUGAUGGCAAAGUGGAAGCACCAUCUCCCCCGCUGCCUUCAGCACACCUUGCCACUCAGAGCCCCCCCGAGAUCUGCUCUUCUGGUGAAAUGUCACCAGAAACCAUGAUAAAAGGAGAGGUGCCUUCCUCAGCCCAGGCCACUUGUGAUGGAUUUUUAGCACUUUGGCAGUUUGAUAACUCUGAUUCAGAUACGAGUUUCUGGCGAUGUGAAGACAUGGACAUAACCACCGACAACUUGGAUUCAGCCUUAGCCAAGAGGCUGACCUGUGGUUUCUGCAGGAGGGUUUUCCACUGUGCUGAAGAGCUGGAGGAGCACACCCAUGAGCACACCCUCUCCAUGCUCCUCCCGUUCCACUUGCUUGGCUGCCCCCAGCCUGGCCUUGCCGACAGCGACAGCGUGCCUCCCAGCCAGCUCGCCCGCUUCCACUGCUCCAAAUGCCCCGCCAGCUUCACUCUGAAAUCAAACAUGGAUCGGCAUGAGAAAACCAUCCACUUCAGCUGUAAGAAGAUGCAGUGUCCUGACUGUGCCAAGCUGUUUCGAGACAAGACAGACUUGAACCGGCAUCUUACGUCUGUGCACUCGAACGAGCGCGCUUUUGUGUGUCUCUUUUGUGGCAGGGGCUUUGGGACACAGAAGAGCCUCACUACCCACCUGAGAGCGUGUUACCUGGGCUCUGCCCAGCUGGGUGGCUUUGAGCUUUUGGACAGUGUAGGACACAACAAGGAUCCUGAGGAUGUGUAG